AUGUUUAGGCGCUUGAGGGAGACUGAGCCUGAUAGGCUCUCCUUAAGACUUAGCAAGACCCUUCAACCUUUCACUGUAGUACCCUGGGGAGCCCUCGCAAUGUGGUAUCUAGGUGUCCCUAUCGCUGUCGGGGCUCCUAUAAUUGUGGUGCAAGAUAACAACUAUACUGCUGUUAUUAAACGGCUCGAGAGCGCAGGAUUCAAACAAAGUGUUCCAAAUCGCGUACCUCCUUCUGAGAUUAUAGAGAAUCAUCCGAACCCACAGCAGGUGCUGGAGGAGAUAAAUGCUGGCUAUGAACACUUGGAUCGGUCUUGUGCAGGGUUUGAUUAUCCAAAUGGCGAACCAACAGAAAAAGGCCUGCAAUUAUAUUUGUUUCCAAACAUGUUUGCGCACUCUUUCCAGGACGAUUCCCCCCGCCCCUUGACCGAAGCAAAAGAUGGAGCGCCGAGAAAGCGAUUUGAGACUUACGGCAACCUGUGCUACCCUCUGGAACAAACGCUCCUGGAAAGUUUUGUUAAGACUGCAAUUGAUGAAGAAACAGAAAAAGGCUUCUCUGCAUGGGGCGAGUCACUGAGGUCCUGGGUAUCUCUGAUGACAGGUCGCAACUUUGGUCGGAUUCAUGAGGCCAAUUUCGGUCCCAUUGAUCGACGCGUUACGAAACGUCUAGGCUCGGGAAAAGAGAUACCAGUAGAUAUGAGAGUAAAUCCUAUUUAA